AUCCCAGAACUAUCAGUCCAGCUCCUGAACUUGUAACAUUCGCAACAAUGCAGUUCAACCGCGCCAAACGUGCCACCACCGUGCGAACGGGCAACAUCGACGACUUCAAGAAGAACGGCCAAAACUACCUGACGUUCAUCGACGGUCUGCGCGGAGACCUGAGCCAACCGAACGUGGCUCACGGCGGAAUCCGCGUAACGAAAACCGACAACGGCAUCACCAAGGUCAUCCUGAAGAGUGGCACCACCCAGAUUCCGUUCAUCUACCGGAACAGCGACCUGUACAUUGUUGGGUUCGUGGUUGGGUCGGUGUUCUACGCGGACAAUGACGUCUUCAAGUGGAUUUCUCCGCGGGAAACGGUCGGCAAGUUGCCGGCCAAGCACGCCUGGAGGUCGGUGCUGGGGGAUGUCAGCGUGGACACGCUGUCGGUGCCGCUGAGUUACAACAACAUCCUGCAGGGGCGCAGUAAGGUUCCGAUCAACAAGAUGGGAGAUUCGCUGAAGAAGCUGACCGAGGUGGGAGAUCGGAACAAGAAGAGUGCGAUCGUCAAGGAACAUCUGGUACCGUUUGUGGUGGCGUUUUCCGAGGCGAUCCGCUUCACGGUGGUCGCUAGGGCCGUGAGGGAUGCCUUCGUGAAGAAUGGAGGGGAGUUGGACAUGAAGACGAACGUGCUGAAGUUGGCUGGGGCUGGAGGACCGGAUCAGCGCAAGAGCACCCGCUAUGACAUCACCUGGUUGACGCUGAACUGGGGCAGUCUGUCGGAGAAGGUCAAGGUGUGCUAUCUGGACAAGCAGGCACCGACUCCGUUCAAGUACUGCGACGAACCGCUGGGACUGGAGAAGAACCAGCUGAAUCAGCUGCUUGGAGUGGCCACGGCCAGGUCGUUCCCGGCGUCUCGUGGAAAGCGCGAGGUUCAGUGGUUCAAACAACCAGUUCAGCAGGUGGUUGAUCCCAUCGGUCGCAUCGGCGCCGAAGGCGAUCUUCAAGAAGCGUCUUCUUCAAAGCCGAUGUCUGCGAUUACGCACCACCUGGACAUGGUAGGAUCGCUUCAUCUCGUCACGAUGGGAAUUCUAUAUCUUUCCGGUCGCAAACUUCAACCCUUUGAGCACGAACGCGAAGUCGACGGUCAGGAAGCGCAGGCGAUCGCCGCUGACCUGGUGGAGAAGAUCAACUGCGUCACGGGACUAGACUCGGACUACGAGGAGGACAUGAGAAUGCAACGGGAACUGUACGGAGCGAUCGUUCGAGGAGCCGAUGUGGUGCAGAUCAUGACCGGACUUGUUGAGCAGAGGAUGGAGAAGACAGAGGGCGUUGAAGAAGCGGUGAAGUCGAUCAGCUUUGAGCUUGCGAAGCGGAAUCAUCUUGAGAUUCCUCAAGAGGCGGAAUUUUUCGCAAAGAAUUGCUUCUAAUAUUUCCCAGUAAACUUCUACUUGAAUA